GUGAUCGGGGGCAACGAGGACCCCGAGGGGGUGGUGCUGAAGGACCUGGCCCCGCCCCCCGUGGCCCGCGCCCUCCGCAUCUACCCCCGCGCCCCACGGGCCAUGAGCGUCUGCCUGCGCCUCGAGCUCUAUGGGUGCCCCUGGGAGGGAGGCCUCGUGUCCUACACGGCUCCCCAUGGCCAAGUGAUGCUCCUGGACCCGGCGCCCGUUGUCCUCAACGACUCCACCUACGAUGGAUACAGCCUUGGCCCGCUGCAGUUUGGGGGCCUGGGCCAAUUGGCCGAUGGGAUCUUGGGCCUGGAUGACUUCACGCGGAGCCGGGAGCGACGCCUGUGGCCGGGCUACGACUACGUGGGGUGGCGCCGACCCCCGGGGCCUCAGCCCCACGUGGAGCUGGAGUUCGAGUUCGAGGCCCUCCGGAGCUUCCGAGCCAUGCAGGUCCACUGCAACAACAUGCACAGCCAUGGGGUGAGCAUCUUCCAGGAGGUGGAGUGUCUCUUUAAGAAGACCUUGGCCACAGCUUGGGAGCCCACCCCGGUCACCCAUAGCUUGGCUGGGAGCAUGAAGGACCCCAGCGCCCGCCCCAUCACGGUGCCACUUGGGGGGCGCCAGGCCCGCUUCAUCCAGUGCCACUUCUUCUUCAGUGGGGAGUGGAUGCUCUUCAGUGAGGUCACCUUCUUCUCAGACGUGGUGGAGGAGAUCGUGGGGUCCAGUGGGUGGCCUCCAGCCACCCCCCCUGACCCCUCCGUGGGGGUCAUGGCCAUCCAGGAGGACCAAUGGCGUGGGGACGUGGCCACCAACGUCACAACCCCAGCCCCAACGGACCCCGAUGGAGGCCAACCAAUAGGCAAAGCCGACCACAGCCCCACGUCCAUCCUGAUUGGCUGCUUGGUGGCCAUCAUCCUGCUCCUAUUGGGUGUCAUCUUCCUCAUCCUCUGGCGCCAGUACUGGAAGAUCUUGGGCAAGGCGCGGCCGUCGGCGGGCGAGCUGCGGGUGCAGCUCUCGGGGCCCGGGGACACCAUCGUCAUGAACCCCGCGGCGGCGGCGGCGCGCCGGCCCCCCCGCUACGAGAGGAUCCCCCCCGGAGAGGGGGAGUACCAGGAGCCAACGGGGGGACACGCUCCCUUCACCAACCCAGGCUACCGCCUCCUCCUGGCCACCUACGCCCAGCCAAUGGGAGGGCUCGCUCGGACCCCCCCGGACGGGGCCAAGCCAAUCAACACCGACGCCCCGGAGGGCGGGGCCGAGGCCUACGCCGAAGCUGACGUCAUCGGAGGCUCCGCCCACCCCGCUUCCGGCCACGCCCCUUGCCCCGCCCUCCCGACCUUCCCACGCCAGCGCCUGCGCUUCCGGCAGAAGCUGGGGGAGGGGCAGUUCGGAGAG